CUCCCUCUCUCUCGCUAUCUCUCUCGCCUUCUCUUUCCAUAGCAGUGAGUCUGUAAGAAGAAUCUCAUAAUCGGGUCACAUUUCACUCUAGGUCCGCCGUCCAUCCGUACCCUAAAGGAAAGUCCUCCGUUAAAGUGUGAAAAAAAACAAAAUCAUAUUUUUAAUCAGCGCUGCAGACAGCUAUGAUCGGCAUGAGAGAUCUGGCGUACCUCCUUGUCCCAAUACUGAUAUUGGUGAGGUCCUCCAUGCAAGGAGAACUGAAAAGUGGGAAAGAAGCGGAAAAUGCAGGGAAUUUCAUGGAAGAUGAGCAAUGGCUGUCCACCAUAUCGCAAUACAGCCGCAAGAUCAAACACUGGAAUCGCUUCAGAGACGAAGUGGAGGAUGAUUACAUCCGAACUCUGGAUGAAAACCAAGGCUCUGAGGAAAGCGUAGACACCACCAAGGAUCCCUGCCAGAAGGUGAAAUGCAGCCGGCACAAGGUGUGCGUGGCCCAGGGGUACCAGCGAGCCAUGUGCAUCAACCGCAAGAAGCUGGAGCACAGGAUCAGGCAGCCCGCGACCAAGCCGCACGACGGCGGCUGCAAGCCAUGUCUAGCCGCGGCCUCCGCCCCCGUGUGCGGCUCCGACGGUCACAACUACGCCUCUCAGUGCAAGCUGGAGCAGCAGGCCUGCCUGACAGGGAAGGAGCUGAGUGUGAAGUGCCCUGGCCAAUGCCCCUGUGCCCCCGGGGGCACGCCCACCCCCGACCCCGAGGCCAAACAUGAGAGCUGCACGGGGCAGGACCUCGCCGAUCUGGGAGACCGCCUGAGGGACUGGUUUCAGCUUCUGCACGGAAACGCCAAGCAGAACAAUUCCAGCAAGCUUGGAAGCAGCACCGCAUCGGUCCUGGAUAAGAGCCUGGUGGCCAGCUGCAAGGACUCCAUUGGCUGGAUGUUCUCCAAGCUGGACACGAACGGAGACCUGUACCUGGACCAGCCAGAGCUUGCCGCCAUCAAUCUGGACAAGUACGAGAUCUGCAUUCGAGCCUUCUUCAACUCCUGCGACACCUAUAAGGAUGGCAAGGUGUCCACCGCCGAAUGGUGCCUCUGCUUCUGGAGGGAAAAGCCCCCGUGCCUGGCGGAGCUGGAGAAGAUGCAAGUGCAGGAGGUGAUGAAGAAGAAGCCUGGGAUGUACAUCCCCAGCUGUGAUGAAGACGGCUACUACAGGAAGCUGCAGUGUGACCGCAGUCGCGCCGAAUGCUGGUGCGUCGACCAGCACGGCGGAGAGCUGUCUGGCUCGCGUAUCCACGGCAUCCCCGACUGCGACGACCAAGCUGGAUAUUCAGGGGAUUUCGGCAGCGGCGUCGGCUGGGAAGACGAGGAGGAGAAGGAGGCAGAGGAGCCUGGGGAGGAGGUGGAGGAGGAGGAAGAAGAGGGGGAGGCUGGAGAAGCUGACUAUGGAGGAUAUAUCUGGUAGAGCGCACCGGGGGCCUGGUCAGCGGCGACGCUGUGGGGCCGGCUCUCUCUGCGGCAGCGAAGGAUCAUGGGAACUGAGCGGGCAGGCGACCUUCAACUCUACGUACAGCGUUGACUCUCGGGACGGGGAAGGUUGGGUGGGUGGGGGGUGGGAAGAGUGGGUUUCAUCUUAAAUAUCCGUGACGCUUUGUGUUCUGUUGUGUGUGCAAGGGAGAUUUUAUUUUUUAUUAUUUAUUUUUUUCCUUGAGCAGUUUGCUUAGCAACCAGAACCACAAACACUUUACUGGGGCGUUUGGGAAGCUACAGAAUCCAGGGCAAGAGCUGACUACCAUGUGCUCGCGUAUGCCUUGGCCCGAGGGACAUGGGAGUCUCCUCGGUCUUCAAGGUAGCAUGCUGGCAGACAUGCCAUUGUCUUCAGAUCCUUAAUGCAUUUUCAUCGAUAAUCGCCAGUUUCCACAGAUCAAGUGCAAGUCGUAAACGUGCAGACCGCGUGUAUUUGGGAAGCGUCUAUAUAACAAUAAGCCAGCCCCUGCGUCAGAAGGCGGGUGCACUCUGGAAUUGUGGGAAACGUGAGGGAUCAGCUGCAUGGUCGGUCUCCCAUGGCUUCACCCCUCCCCCUUGCUGAUCCCAGUGCAGCCUCUGUGUCCUCCCGCUUAGGAGACAGGUCGAUGCCUUCACCUGCCCAGGGAACACCGCCAAGCAGGAAUGUGCCAUUCCAAAAUGCAACACCCCCCCCCCCCUCAUUUUCAACUGGUGGCAAAUAACUGGAGGCCUUGAGCAGGCUUAUCCUUCCGCCUGUGGCAUGCAGACGUGCCUCUGGGGUCUUGUGGCCCAGUAGUGGCCACCCCAUGGGAAAGCCCCGCUUUGAAGGUACUCUGGGAUAUGUAGUGAGGUCGCUGCACAGUUUAUUCAAUGGGGAUGCCUUCUAGAAGACUACUGUAGCUAUGGGAUGUGAGGGGCAUGUCAAAGUGCGGUCGACUUUAUCGCUGGUGCUGUCACGAGCUGUGACAGAUGAGUCUUGGCGAGCGUCUGCUAGAGUGACUUUUUUUGCCGGCUGCUCAUGCAGACGAUCAGUCUUGGGUUGACGCCACUGAAGCUUGUGGCCCGUCACUGUACGGAAAGGCGGCUCAUGGAACACGAUGCCUGUAAUGUUAUACAUUAUAUUAUAUACAUCCCUGUGCCACCCAAGAACAACUGAAUGGGGGAUGGGGAGGGGGGGCAGUAUUGUGAUGCGACACAAACCCCAAAGCGCCCCUUUUAAUGAAAUCCUAGAUAUCCCGUCUUGUGUACAUGACAACGAUGAGCAAUCUGGCGCUAGGUGGGCGGCGAGGUGGCUCACGAUGACACGGCAAAAGCUAGCUGGGGGAGCGGAGGUUGAAUUGGGUGACAUGCUAUUUCGCAAGCACGUACCAUCGGAAUCACUUCACGUGCGCCAGAAAGACGUUUUGCUUCGAGAUGAGGGCAGCGCAAUGAAAUUUGAUUUGUCACAUUCCAUAGUAGCGCUUUACGUAAAUAUCUAGUAGGUAGCAUAGUGGCGUGAAAAUGAACGAAGAAAGCAGUGCAUUUCAGAGCGUUUCACAACAACGUUGCUUAUAAGAAACGUGUAUAUAUCUAAGGAUUGUUAAAUGAACUGAUACUUUUCAUUUUUCUGACUUCCUGCGAGCAUCAAUUUUAACGCCUUGUGAGAUCAUCUGCAUUUUGACGCUGGAGUUGCCUUCCGGCGAGGUCUCGGACCAUGGCUGAUGGAUCUCACCAUGGAAACUCCCCCCCCUUAGCAUGGUGACCACAUCUGUUUCUCAGACCACAGCCCAUGGUUUAGGCUUGUCGCUCUCACCCGCGAUGUGAUGCAGGAAAUUGCGAGUCCUCGAGCUCCGCCCUCAAACCGGGUCACUUUUAAGAAUGUGCUACUGGAUGUUUUGUUCCCAUUUUUUACUACUUGGAUUUGGGAUUCGGGUCUGUUUUAAUACACUUGUGCUGCCCAAGGUUUCCACGUGUCAUUCUCACCCUUUAUUUCCUUUGCGUCUGUGACCAGUAACCUGUAACACCUUAUUCUUGCUUGUUACUGAUACAGUAUAAACGUUUUGGGUGUUUCCUAGUAUUGCAUGUUAGUGAACAAGAAUGUACUUUUUCCUCAGCUGAGCACUUUACCAUUAAAGGCGGCGGGUCUCUCAUCCACUUGUACCUCUACAUUAUUUUCCACGUGUGGCCAAGCCCCGAAUGGCCAAAUUCCCCCCAACAGAUAUCCAGCUUUAUAUUUGUGAAAUAAGCGGUUUCGUUUACAGACAGCCUGUGUUAUUAACUGUAGCACAGAAGUGAAUUCGGUACGUUUGCUUAUUACCUUAGAUGGUUUAUGGAUCCUGAAUGAGAAGAAUUCUGGAGAAUGUAUAUUUGGUAACGUACAUAUAGUUGGUAGAAUUUGUCAGCUUAUAAAAAAACAGCACGAUGUUAUGUCUUAUCCAUCUGUUUUACUUGAAUUUUAAAGAAUUUGUGAUUUAACGAAACAGUGAGAGCUGGAGUUUUAUGAGCAGCUUUCAGACAGAAGUCGACUCGGCAAUUUAACCUCGACGUCCCCUCCUGACUGCAUGUAGAGGGUGAUCUCUGGUUGGUUACCCCAACUCCUUUUGACAUGCUGUGGUCUCUCUACUGAUGACCAAACAUCGAUCAAGCGUGCUGUCGAAGGAGUGUGCAUGAGGCCGGAUUAUUAAGACAACAAAACAUGACUUUCAAAGGGGUGUUUUAUUGCUAUAUAAAAUGCACCCAAAGCUUUACCCAGAUCGUACAGUCAGUACCUCUGUGGCACCUGAUCCCAUGCUGAUGGUCCAGUUGAUGAACCUAUAGAUGGUCAGGUACCUGCUUGAAUGUUUUGGGAUUAAGUCAGAAAUUUCUUCACGAAAUGUUUUCCAUCACUGUCUCUCUUUGAUUUUUCAGGUGGGCUUAUUCUACAGUUUAUCAAAUCUCAUGUAAAAGCACACCGUAACCUGUCAGAAAAAGUAUAAAUUUGUACUGUUGAUGGUACAAUUACUUCACUGGGACUGCAUCCUUAAGAGCCUGCAAAAUUUUACCCUAGCUGUAGGUAAAUGUACCCUUUUGUCUAAUCUUACAUACAGAAUUUGACUCUGAGGAACAUUUUUGUACCAUUGGAGGUACAUUAAUGUUGUUUGUACCUUAGGGAACAAAACUGUACCAGGGCUGUACCCUUUUUCUGACAGUGUACUGUAAAAUUGGAGUAAUGAUUUAACUUCAGACCCCUGUGUUCCCUGACUGGUCCAUACAAACGUUCAGCACAAACCAACCUGCUGGUGCAUCGUUAUUUACUGAGCGAGUAGCAAGUUCUUGCCCCAUAACUAUAUAUAUAAUGAAAUAUUAAAAAUAAAUUAAAUAUAAACAUUAUAAAUACCUGACUGCAGGUUAUGUAAGAGGGAGGCUCUGGUUAUGAAUCAUUAAGCACUGCAGUGUUUUAAUGAAAACCGUGAUUUAAAAAAAAUAUGACAAAUUAUUAAAGGAAAACGGUAUGGUGGAAUAACAAUAGAAAGAAUGGGUAUAAAUGAACUGUUUGUGGUCUCUUACAGUACUAACCUGCUUACACGUCCACUUCUACAAUCAAUAGAGCGGCUAGAAUGUACAAUGAAAUGCUGUGUACUAAAUGUCUCUUCAGCAUAAUGCAGUAUAUCACACUUAAUAUUUACACUGUAUUUGAUAAUAAAAUAGUAAUGUAACCAUG